AUGAGCGCACUCGAGAAAGCCCUCAAUGCCUCCGGGUUGCUCGUCACCACCGAAUACCCCGACGUCAAUGGCACGUUCCACGACUUCAUCACUGGAAACGAAAGCGCCACAAACGGAACAACGACUGGCAUCAACGACAUCAUCGCCGACGUCUUCCCCACGUCACCCUACUCCGUCGGCGAGAUCGUAGUGCUCGCUUCCCUGUCCGCCAUAGCCACCUUCCUCACCAUCGUCGGUAACCUGAUGGUCAUGGUGUCGUUCAAAAUGGACAAGCAGCUGCAGACAAUCAGCAACUACUUUCUGCUCAGUCUGGCCAUCGCCGACUUCUCCAUCGGCGUAAUCUCGAUGCCGCUCAUGACCAUGUACAUCCUCUAUGGCUACUGGCCCAUAGGCGCGGUUGUGUGCGACACCUGGCUAGCCUUCGACUACAUGAACAGCAACGCGUCCGUGCUCAAUCUUCUCGUUAUCUGUUUCGACCGGUACUUUUCGGUAACCAGGCCACUGACCUACCGAGCUAACAGGACGCCCAAGAAAGCGGCCAUCAUGAUUGUUAUGGCUUGGAUCAUAUCAUUCCUGCUGUGGCCGCCGUGGAUAUUCGCCUGGCCAUAUAUUGAAGGGCAACGAACCGUGCCGGAUGAACAUUGCUACAUUCAGUUUCUGGAGACCAACGUUUACAUCACUUUCGGAACGGCCAUCGCCGCCUUCUACUUGCCCGUUUCGGUCAUGUGUGCCUUAUACUGGCGCAUCUGGCUCGAGACGGAGAAACGCAAGAGAGACUUGGGCAGGUUACAGGAAGACCGCAAGAAGAGCGUUCUGAAGCGGAAGUCGACGUCGAGCGUGGGUACCGUCGACUCGGAGGACAUUCGGUUCAGUGAAUCCGAUAGGUCUCGGUCGCAGCUGACUUCUACGCUGAGCCUCGCGACGUCCAAGAGCUCACUUACCGAGACGUCCAAGAUGCAACAACUUCGUGACUUCCUAGGGUCCCUGCUUCAUGUCGGAAACGGAAAGCACCACGAUGACGGUAGGAGUCACCGAAGCUCGCACGGCACCCUGACACCACCCACGGCUGAAACGUCAGUGGAGUCCGUGUCCACGUCGUACCACGAAGAACAUGCGGUAGAGUUCAACCCAUCUGGACAUCUUGAAAGUGGCGAAGAGAGUGCCGUGGUUGCCCUCCCUACCUCCGACCAUGGCGACGAGAAGACAAAAGAGACGUCGCAUUCUUUUGAUUCAGUAUACACGAUACCAGUCGAGCCAGUGACGCAGCCAUCUCCAAACGAGGUAUUGCCGCAGGUUGGUGUCGAUCGCAUCGCUGAAGAAGAGACCGAACAGCCUGAGAUCGUUGACGGAGUGCAGCUUUCGGAGGAACCGGCAACAUCCGAUGGCGUGGCGGCAGCCAAACAUCCUGCGGAUCCUGGCGUGGAACCCAUCAGAAGACCACUAACCACCAGCGCCGUCCAACGACAUGUCAACGCCAAGCAGAUACCCGCGAAGAAGGCCAAGCAGCAACAGGACAAGAAGCAAGACAAGAAAGCCGCCAAGACGCUUAGUGCCAUCUUGCUGGCCUUCAUCAUCACCUGGACGCCGUACAACGUGCUGGUGCUGGUCAAGACCGUCUCUUCCGACCAAGACGCCAUUCCAGUGCACCUGUGGAACUUCGCCUACUACUUCUGCUACAUCAACAGCACGGUGAACCCCCUGUGUUACGCGCUGUGCAACGCUAACUUUCGUCAGACGUACAUCCGCAUUCUGACUUGCAAGUGGCGCAACAGGCGGCGGACGGCCUCCCGCCGGCCUUUCCCGUGA